CAACACAUAGACAGAGAGAGACCCGGCUGGUGGGCGAGAUUAUGAUAGAUGUGACAGAAAGUUCGUCGUGUACAGUCAGAUGUGAGGCACUAACUUCCUCGUAUACAACUAGUACGCACCCUUCAGCUCAUUCUAUCUGAACUAUAAUCCCGGGAUGGAAGAGCAGAUAUAAAAGAAAAAGGAGCGUUUUUCUAAAGAAUACAAAUAAUUCAGCGUUGAGGACCAAAUAGCAGAACAUACGUGGAAUAUACAGCUGGUUGGAACGAGGUUCUUCCACUAUGGGCUGUGUGGGGUCCAAGGGGCAGCAGGAUCCCAGCAGCAAAGGUGUGGUCAAUGAUGACUCUCAGAACCAGACUCAGACAACCCACUACGUCAAAGACCCCACCACAGGGACCAAGGCUAACAGAACCCUCACCGUUGCCCCUCCAGUCCCCUCUAAUGGUACUGAGAGCAUUGCCAUUGCACUGUACGACUAUGAGGGUGUAAAUGAUGGAGACCUGGGCUUCAAGAAGGGAGACAAGCUUAAAAUCUUACAGGAAUCUGGAGAAUGGUGGAGAGCACAGUUAAUUAGCACAGGCAAGGAAGGCUACAUCCCCAAUAACUAUGUAGCCAUAGACAGACUUGAAACCGAAGAGUGGUUCUAUAAAGGAGUGAGCAGGAAAGAUGCAGAGAGGCAGCUGCUAGCAUCAGCAAACAAAACAGGAUCGUUCAUGAUCCGUGACAGUGAGACCACCAAGGGCAGCUACUCCUUAUCCGUAAGGGACAGUGAUUCCCAAUCAGGAGACACAGUCAAGCAUUACAAGAUCCGUACACUGGAUAACGGUGGCUUCUACAUCUCUCCGCGCAUCACCUUCAACAACCUGCAGGAACUGGUCAGCCACUAUAAAAAGCAGGGAGAUGGUCUGUGCCAGGCCUUGACCAGCCCCUGCCUCAGUCCCAAGCCCCAGAAGCCCUGGGAGAAGGAUGCCUGGGAGAUCCCUCGGGAGUCCCUCAAACUUGAUAGGAAGCUCGGGGCUGGCCAGUUCGGAGAGGUCUGGAUGGCUACAUACAACAAGCACACCAAGGUGGCAGUGAAGACCAUGAAGCCUGGCACCAUGUCGGUAGAGGCUUUCCUGGACGAGGCAAACCUGAUGAAGGCCCUGCAGCACGACAAGCUGGUCCGUCUGAAUGCUGUGGUUACCAAAGAGGAACCCAUCUACAUCAUCACAGAGUUCAUGGAAAAGGGCAGUUUGCUGGACUUCUUGAAGAGUGAUGAGGGCAACCGUGUGCAACUCCACAAACUCAUUGACUUCAGUGCACAGAUUGCAGAAGGAAUGGCCUACAUCGAGCAGAGGAACUAUAUUCACCGAGACCUGCGAGCCGCCAACAUCCUGGUCUCGAAGGCUCUGGUGUGCAAGAUUGCUGACUUUGGCCUCGCUCGAAUCAUCGAGGACAAUGAGUACACAGCCAGGGAAGGAGCAAAGUUCCCUAUCAAAUGGACGGCCCCAGAGGCAAUCAACUUUGGCUCCUUCACCAUCAAAUCAGAUGUCUGGUCCUUUGGCAUCCUACUGACCGAGAUCAUCAGCUAUGGACGCACACCAUAUCCAGGUAUGACAAACCCAGAAGUGAUUCGCUCUCUGGAGAGCGGCUACCGCAUGCAGCGCACCGACAGCUGUCCGCAGGAGCUCUAUGACAUCAUGUUGGAGUGCUGGAAGAACAAGCCCGAGGACCGGCCCACCUUUGAGUAUCUGCAGAGUGUCCUGGAGGAUUUCUACACUGCAACAGAGAGCCAGUACCAGCAACAGCCAUGAUCCAGAAUGAUUCAGGCAGAUACAUAACCUACUCUCUCAUACACUUAUACAAAUGUACAUGUGUACAGACAAACCUACAGAGAAAAAAGGGGAUCUGAACAUGUUUCAGAUGGUUCCUUAUGAAAUAUGACAUUUACUGUAACUUAGUGAAGUAUGACCUAAAAAAUGUAUUACAGUGAUUCAUGAAAUGGCUGAGUGUAAGGCGUUUUCAACAUUUUUAUUUAUUUAUAUUUCAUUUGCAUACCGUGUUGGGUGACUUUACCUUCCCUUCCCCUUUGUAGUUAGCUCUGCCAGUCCUGUUUGUUUGUUUGUUUGUUGUAUGAAUUAACUGUGCUCUAACUAUGUAUUUGAAUUUGCUUUGCAUACACGCCCAGAAAUUGCACAAUAUUAGAUUUCCUAUGUAUAUUGCCCAGGGCAUACAGUAUAUUGGAAAAUGUUAUUUUUAUUCUGGCAUAUACCAUUGAAUCACUAUAAUUCACUGAACAAGCACUGGAGUACAACAGUAUAAUCUUUUAAUUUAAUCUUUUAAUUGUCUAUUUGGUAAGGUGAUUAAUUUAUUCAAGCCAAGAGUACCUGUCCAUUCUCUGUACUGAAUGCACAAUAUAUACACAAAGGUAUGUGGACACCCCUUCAAAUGAGUGGAUUUGGCUAUUUCAGCCACACCCGUUGCUUACCGGUGUAUAAAUCGAGUGUACAGUCAUUCAAUCUCCCUAGACAGACAUUGGCAGUAAAAUGGCCUUACUGAAGAGCUCAGUGAAUUUCAACUUGGCACCGUCAUAGCCAGUUGGUCAAAUGUCUGCCCUGCUAGAUCUGCCCCAGUCAACUGUAAGUGCUGUUAUUGUGAAGU